CUAAUCAGAAAUCAUUUAGCUAUUGUGAAACAGGCUAGUUUGCUGCGCAAUUUAUUUUCUGCCAUCUCAACGGUCCAACCGUGUUUUUGUUUCGACGUUUUGUAAAGGCUUAAAUACGAUUUGCCACGAUGACGAAGUUGAUACAACAGUUAAAUUUUAGCAGUAGUAAUUACUACGACGUCAAGGGCUUCGUGAUAGAACCUGAGUCUCCGAUCGCCACCAAGCACUACUAUGGUGACGGAGCGUCCUUGAGCGCGGCCGGCAGUAAGCGCUCCGCUUUGUCGGCUUCCGACGCCGAGUGUUUCUCGCUCUGCCUGGGCGCCGGGCCUCUGUGGUGGUCCGAUGUUUCUGCGCUCGGCUCCGCACCUCCCGGAGGGGUGAAUGGCGGGGCCGCGAGCCCCGCCGCCCCCGCCACCCCCGCACACGACGACAACGACCGUGACUUGUUGAGCGCCCUGCUAUGGUCAAGCGCGAGUUCCCUGAGCAGCAGUUCGGAUAGUCUCACAGAACAUCCAGCUCUGUUGGUACAGAGGAGAGAGGAGGUGAUAGCAAGAAUCCUUGAAUUGAAAGACAGGAAGCCGGUGAAGGUUGAGUUCAAGAUCUACCUGACAGAGAACACUGUCACUCGCUGGGAAGCUGUGGUGAAGCAGAAGUCUAUGUACCUCCGCGUGCCGUCAGUCCUGUCAGCUGGCAGUAAGGACAGCUUCGUCAUGUUGCUGGACUUUGCUGAGGAGAGACUCGGAUGUAGCAACUGUAUUAUCUGCGUGUCGAAGAAUCGCUCUGACCGCUCCACCCUCCUCCGCACCUUCAUGUUCAUGGGAUUCCAGAUCCUACCGCCAAAUUCACAUCAAAUGGAUGGCAUCGAGCAUCCAGAUUAUUUGUUCCUGAACUAUAAUAUGCAGUGACCACCACGCUACCUUGAGCACCACCAGUCCGGAUCCGCAUAGAGAUAGGAUGUGACACAGUAUCUAACAGUAGUCUUAGUGGUAGCAAUUUUUUUCUCGGUAGUCUUAUUGCUUAUUAUGAUGUAUUUUUAGUUUGGUCGCGCUAUCACAACAGUAUUGGCUUGGUCGGGGACAGGUCAUAGGAUUUUUAUCAUAGCAUAGGAUAGUUUAGAUCCCGGGAUGAGUGGCAACCCGUUGACGCUUGUUCCGUGGGUAUUUUUUUUUUUCCUUUCUUAUUAUAUAUGUCGUCGUGUUUAUUAAACCCGCUCCGGGAGUAGUGCGUUUGAAUGAGAAAAUGUAAAAAAAAAAAUUAAAAAAAUAUAUAAAAAAAUAUGCAAAAAAAUAUAUAAUUAUAUCUCGUUUGUAUUAUAACAAGUUUACACAUAGCAACUUUUUAAAAUCUUUCCCCUUUGAUCGAUAAUUAAUUAUUUUUUUUGUACACUUUACUUUUUUUUUUUUUAAAUAUAAACUACACUCUACCUUUUGACGGUGGGUUCACUAGAAUCCGUAAGCGAAGUUAGCGAGUAAGUUUUUAAUCAUAUGAAGUUAAUAAAUAAAUAAAUAAAAAAAAAAAUGUAUCGCUUCUCUGAUUUCUGAGUAUUCAUUUGUAUUCUAACAGUAAAAACUUAACGAUACUUCCUUUUGUUAAUCAUAGUGACGUACGGCUGAUCCCAUUUUGAGUUACACGAUGCGGUCGACGGACAUGUCGUGUCGUGUCGUUGUCGUGUCGUUUCCAGUAUUUGGUUUCCGAAGUAUUAAUUUGGGAUUCGCCGUAUUUAGUAUUAAGUUUAAUGUAAUGGAAAUGAAAUAAAGUAAUAUUAAUCAA